CGCGGCGAGGUGUACCUGAACGCGGGGCACACGGCGCAGGUGACGGGCGGGCUCAGUGGCAGUCAGUUUCUCCGGACCGUGCCUGCGAUCGACGAGUACCAGGGCGGGAUCGUGCAGGCGAGCGCGCCAUGGGACGUGCUCGGCGUCACGCAGUGCUACAACUACAACUUUGAGACGAAUCUCGGCAUGCUGCUGCAGAUCCAGGGCGUCGUGACCAUGAUUUGGAAGUGCGACUCGCUCAUGAUGACCAACUCGAUCGUGCUCUGGCUGACGAUCAUGUACCUUGUCAUCGUGCAGAGCAUUUUUCUGCGGCGCAGCGUGGUGUGUAUCGUGCCCGUCUACCUUUCUAAGAACGUCGUCGGUCUUGCGAUCCUUUUCGUCUGCUUCUGGGGCAACGGCAAUCUCCAAGUGCUCACGACCUUUCUCAUUCAAAACCCAAUCGGUACCUUUAACGCAUCGUUUUACGCGCUGCUGGGGCCUGUCCAAGUCGCGUCCAUCGUCGGCAUCAUGACGGGGACGCUGAUCCAGAUCUGGUUCAUGCCUCGCUUGGUGACGCAGACGUGGCUGAUCCUCAUCAUCAGUGUCACCAACUGGAUUCUGGUCUUUUCGCUGGAAGCGUUUGUGUUUCCAUACCGCAACCAGAACCUCCCAACCUCUUGCGGACUGCCCACGUCGACGAGCUGCUUCACGUACAGUGCGAUUCGUCGCACAUACUACCUCUCGGCCAUCAUCUCGGGCGUCGUCGUACUGAUCGGUAUCGCUGUCAUUUGGCUCCACGGACGCUGGCUGCCGGAUGACAUCCGUGUCCCGAAAUCGCACUCGCUGCGCGAGUACCUCAACAUACCGCAUCUUCGGGUGCUCGCGACGUCGCUCCGCGGCUGCUGCAUCGCGUACAAGGAUGACGUCCUCGUCGACGACGGCCUCUUGAUCAUGAAGAACGUUCUGCGCAUCUCGGCGACGUGCAUGACGCGGCUCAACAACGUGCAGUACGAAAUCAUCUACCGGUACCUACCGCGGAUCGCCAAGCCGUUUUUUAGCAAGCAAGUGGGUACGUUCCUCGUCUUCCACGUGAAAGAAGAGACGGGGCGUAUUACCCACCGCUCCAGCUACAAAUGGCUCGCCGACGUUGGCAUUGACGAUGGAUCGAUGGCCCAUUGGCGUGCGGGUUUCCAUUUUUGA